GACACAAGAGCUAAAGUGUAAAGUGGCAAAGUAUGGACGAUUGUCAAAGAAUAGGUUUGAUGCAGAAAGGUUAUAAUCGCUUUUCUCUUGAUAAAAAAUGCCUUAUUCCUUUCUAAUUAAAACAGUGUAAUAACGCGAUAGGCAGCGAUUUUUAGAGAGAACGCAAUGGGUGCUACACCAAGCAGAUACGAGGAUCUGUCAAAGAACGAAUAUUUGGAGAGGUUUAGCGGCAGGGAGCCCAUCCCUUUAAACGAUCAGUUUUGGAGCCACUUUCUUUCGUACAAUAUGAGGCCACCUCUGACACGAAAUGACCAAAUUGAAUUAGAUUCUCGUUUGGACUUAUGUUGUCAAAAUUUACUGAUUAAUAACCAAAUUACGGGAAAUAUUGGAUCUCUAAUUCAAAUAUCCUUAAUUCGUGUGAAUGAAUUACUUUCAAUGACCGAUUCUGAGAAUAUUGUACCAGCAUGGCAAACUUAUAAUGCGCUCUUUGCCGUGAGAUGUAUUUUAAAGUACUUGAUUGAAACUGUGGGGGAAGAAGAAAUGGUUAAACAUACAGAGGCUCAACUUCCCGAGGAAUGUUUGAAUAGAUUAUUACCUGUUCGUUUACAGUCAUUCUUUGAAGCCUUAGUAGGUGUGAUUGUAGAUGUACCUCUUUGUGAAUUCACGUACUUGGUACAUCUUGAAGCUAUAAAUUGCUUAUUGGUAUUAUUGUCCGUGCAACUCUUCUCUCAAACUCCAGCAGAGUACAGUACUGUCUUUAGAAUUGUAAUGAAUAACGAACUAAGAGUUCAUGCGCCAGUAAUGGUUUGUACAUUGUUGAAUAACUUUGCCGAGCAAUCUCACGCCCCACCAGGGCUUUUAACUCCGCAACCAGGCUCUAGUAUUGUUUUUAGUAUCGCAGCUGGACUUUGGAAUGUAAUUACAAUGGGAAUGGCUAAUAGUUUGAAAAACAUUCAAGUUUCGCACAGUGGGAAUAUGGAAGAUGUAGAGAAAAAACGUGACACAGAAACCCCAUUGGCUAGUCAGUCGCUACUACUUUUAUUAGUCCUAACAAAUCACUGGACAACUUCUCGAAACCCAUACAGAGAUGCUCUUUUCUUAUUUACCAAUGUGGAAGAUGAUUGUGAAACUUCGUGCGAAACACAUUGUGCGUUCAAGUUUAAUGUUGAUAAAUUAUACAAGACAAUUUGUAAGAUACCAAAUACCGAUGAAGUGACACUUUUAUUAUACAUGUUACUUCACCGGAAUCAAAAUGUUAAGCAGCAUGUAAUGAAAAGGCCGGAUGUGCAAUUAUUGAUAAUUCCUAUUUUAAGAGUCCUUUACAAUGCUCCUGAAAAUACUUCGCAUCAUAUAUACAUGUCGUUAAUUAUUCUUUUGAUCCUUAGCGAAGAUGAAACUUUUAAUAAAAAAGUGCACGAUAUAAUGCUAAAAGGAAUUACUUGGUACACUGAAAGAUCAAUUAGUGAAAUAUCACUCGGAGGAUUAUUAAUUCUUGUUGUUAUCAGAACAAUACAAUAUAACAUGUUAAAAAUGAGAGACAGAUAUUUGCAUACAAACUGUUUGGCAGCGUUGGCAAAUAUGUCAAGUCAGUUUAGAUUGCUACAUCCUUAUGUUAGCCAACGACUCAUCAGUUUAUUUGAAACAUUAGCAAAAAAAUAUAUAAAGCUCGAGUCUACGGUGAGAGGUCAAUCUAAUGCUGUUUCAACCACUGUAAACAUUAAUAUUAACGGCAGUGUUGCAAAUAACGAUUUAAUUCAAGACUUGACAGUAUUAGAGGAAGUUCUACGUAUGGUACUAGAAAUCAUAAAUAGUACGUUAACGCAUCAGUUAGCUCACAAUCCUAAUUUAAUUUACACUCUGCUGUACAAGAAAGAUGUUAUUCAACCAUUUAGAACGCAUUCUACAUUCCAAGACAUUGUUCAAAACAUAGAUUCGGUGAUUAAUUUCUUUUCUUACAAACUUGAGCAAAAAGAGCAAUGUCAACUUGGCGUUAGUCAGGUUCUAUCGACUAUUCAGCAAGGUACAAGUCAAUGGCCCCGAGACCGCUUAAGGAAAUUUCCUGAAUUGAAAUUUAAGUAUGUGGAAGAGGAGCAACCGGAGGAAUUCUUUAUUCCUUAUGUUUGGAGCGUUGUCUGCCAAAGUGCAUUGCUGCAUUGGAGUGCGGAAAAUAUAAAAUUAUUUUUGUCCAAUCAAAGUGAACCAACAAUUAUUGUUUGCUGAUAUUCCGAUAUUGAAUCAAAUUGUCAAAUUUGUUAAAUAACGAGGCAUUGGAAAAUGACUGCACUACAUUAGGUUUAAAACAACUAAAGUUGCAACU